AUGGGGUCUCUCGACAAGACUCUCUCUGCCGAUGAGAAGCGGCCUCUGGAUCUGGAAUCGACUCCACAGGAUGAGAAGGAUUCCGCCAACAGAAAGACAUCGAUUGCUUCCAUUGCAGGUGUCAUUGUCAACGCAUCUGGUCACAAGGAUCAACUGCAACGGCAGUAUGGACUGCUCGCCAUAUGUGGUCUUGCUUUGAACAUCGACAACGCUUGGAUCGCAUUCGCCGGCUCUCUCCAGAUCUCUGUCCUCAAUGGAGGUCCGCCUGGAAUCUUAUACGAAUACAUAGUGGCAUGCUUUUACUAUGCAUUCAUCGGCGCAUCGAUUGCUGAGCUGGCGUCUGCUGUACCCAGCAGUGGUGGAGUCUACCAUUGGGCUUCGAUCACCGCAGGUCCAAAAUAUGGCCGAGUGCUGGGCUUCUUCACUGGAGGUCUGAACUUCUUUGGAUGGAUCUUUGAUCUCGCAUCGAUCAUUAGCAUCCCUGCGAAUGUUGUGGUCCAAAUGUAUGCCAUAUUUCAUCCUGACUUCGUCAUUGAGCCCUGGCAUCAAUAUGUGGCAUUUGUUUGUAUCCUUUGGCUAGUCACGGCCUUCGUGAUAUUUUGCAACAAGUUGAUCCCAUAUCUGCAACAUGCAGGCUUGUUCCUGGUGAUUGUCGGUGGCCUGGUCACCAUCAUUGUUGUCGCAGCCAUGCCCAAACAGCACGCCAGCAACUCGUUCGUUUGGACCGACUGGCAGAACCUGACCGGCUUACCCAAUGGCAUCGCUUUUCUGGCAGGUGUAUUGAACGGAGCGUUCGCGAUUGGCACACCCGACGCUGUGACACAUAUGGCAGAAGAGCUACCAAACCCCAAGGUCGACUUGCCCAAGGCUGUGUUUGCUCAGGUCGGCCUAGGCUUCGUCACGGCAUUUCUCUUUGGGAUCACCAUCUUCUACGGCAUCAGUGAUCUCGACGCAGUCGUCAACAGCAAUGGCUCGUUCCCACUGGCCGAGGUGUAUGCCCAAGCAACCGGAAGUCGAGGAGCUACCUUUGGGUUACUCCUGAUCGUGUUCCUGUCCAUCAUGAUCUGCGCCGUCGGCACGGUGUUGAUGCUUGGAAGACUUUGGUGGGCUCUGGCCAGAGACAACGCCACGCCAUUUCCUGGCUUCUUCUCCAAGGUCGAUGAGAAUUUGUCGUGCCCCAUUCCAGCUACGAUCCUGUGUUCGGUCUUGACCACAGGAUUCGGCGCCAUUCAACUCGGAUCAAAGACGGCAUUUACCGACCUUGUGGGAUCGUUCAUUAUACUUACCACCAUGUCCUACUUUCUAGCCUUCUUCCCACACAUCCUUAGCAAGCGCUCAAACGUUCCUCCUGGGCCGUUCUGGAUGGGUAAGGCAGGCUAUGUGGUUAAUGGAGUUGCCUGCGUCCUCAUCGUGUUCUUCAACAUAUGGUUCUGCUGGCCAUUCGCGUACCCUGUUACUGUUGAUCUGAUGAACUACAACUCGGUCAUCUUGGUUGGCGUGGUUCUUCUGACCGUGUUCUGGUGGUUUGUUCACGGGCUGAGGAAGUACCCGGGUCCAAAAUUGGCGAAGCUGUAUCUCGAGGGAGUAGAGUAG